UUUGAAGCAUUGUCAUACACAUGGGGCCCAGCAACGACCAACAGCUAUCACAAAAUCUAUAUUAGAGGUCAUCGCUUGCAUGUAACACAAAGCCUGCACGAUGCUUUAUCGCAGCUCCGAGACGAAGUCGUGGGAUAUUUAUGGGUUGAUGCGGUGUGUAUCAACCAAAACAGCGACGCUGAAUGUUCGUCGCAAGUUCUGUUAAUGGGCGACAUCUACUUCUCUGCCCUGAGAGUCAUCGUCUGGCUGGGG